AUGGCGGAACACCCGAACAUAUUUCUAAAGAAAACCUUUGUAGCCAUUACCGGCGCCAGCAGAGGACUGGGGAAAUCAAUUGCACUUCAGUUUGGGGCCAAGUUUCCCCCUAACUCCGCCAUGGUUCUCAUGGAUGUUUUGCCUAUGGACAGUGUCAAGUCAGAAGUGUUGUCUGUGGCACCGACUAUCAACGUUUUGGUGCGGCAUUUUGACCAGGGAAUCUUGGAAGACAAAUAUUAUUUCAAAGGCAUAUUUACAAGACUUUUACAAGAAAACACUUUUUCUCAAAAUGACUUUGAGCAAUAUAUGGUCAUACACAAUUGUGCUACUCUUUGUGAUGUGUCAAAAAGAUCGCUGGAACUUUCCGAUUCCACGUCAGUUCGGAAGUACUUCGACAUCAACCUGACCGGGAUGAUCCUUCUUAACUCGAGUUUCUUCCAGACUUUCUCCGAUUCUACAAAAUCUCGGGUCAUCGUCAAUAUGACGUCAGCACACACCUCAACUCCCACGGCAUCAGUUCAUCUUUACUGUGCAGGUUAG